AUGGAUGAGGAUGUUGAAAUGGACGUUAUUGCGGACAAGUUCGAUGAUUGCGAUAUCGACGAUGCUCCGCUAGACAUUGCUUCUGAAGCUGGAUCUUAUUUUGACGAAGAAGAACUUCGAAGUCAAAUCGACGAUGAUGUUCUUCGAUCUUCACAAGAUCUAAAUUCUAGAGGAAGAUAUUUACCAAGAAAUAGACCUCCAAUCACAAUGCCCACUAUAAACAACGUAAUGGACGAAUAUGAGAGGAAUUUGUUUGAUGAUAAGAAUCGAGCAGAUCUCCUAUUUCCCACCGAAAUGUGCAAGUUGCAAAAUCUACCCGUCCACGAGAAAGAGAACUCCUGGGAGCCGUCGUUCGUAGAAUAUGAAAAAUACCCAACUCCCGAAUUUGAUAAAUCCCCAUUGACGAGGAGAAUACUGAAAAACAGCGAUUCGCAUAAUAAGGCUAAAGGAACGUCGCCGGAAUCCAAUAGCAUAUUCGCACAGUCGCCACUGUCAGGAAUUGUUUCUGAUGAAGUCGCCAAAACGAGUACACCAAAAAGAACAGAUGUUUCGAGAUUCGGCAAACCGAGGAUACCAAAUUUGAAUGUGUCGUCGAUUUCGUCUAUACAUCCCGGCAGCCCUGUGAGAGCCGUCAACCCUGUACAAACACCACCUUGCAAUGAGACAACCAUGUCGACUAAUGUCACAGUUAGUAAAACGAUGCUCGACAAUAUUGUUAACAACGCCGAAACUGAGACUGAUUUGCGAAUUUUGCUCGAGCAAGCGCGCAAACAUCGCUUUGAGACCAGAAACCCCCAAUUCGUUCGCGAAAAUGCAACUAUAAAUCGAACGAACACCUCAACAAAAACUGCAAUCGAAAAUUCUAAUCGGAUACUGAACGAUGUAUCAUCGAAUGCACAAGCACUUCGCUCGUCAUCGACUUCCUGUGAUUUACCAUCACGACCGCGCGCAGAUCCCACGAGAUCCACAAAUUCGUCCUAUCGGGAUGUCCAACGAGGCCAUAUUAGAGCUCGUCCCGAUUCUGCUCGUUCAAUGGCUUCUGAGAACAAUUCUAGACAAACUUCGAGAUUAGAGAAUAACCAGUUACGCUCAUGUUCGCGGGCUUCGUCAUUGUCGAGUGUUGCUUCUGUUCGUACAUCAGCUUCCAUAUCGCAAAAACCGCAAUUUCUGCAAUUGAGCGCAAAACGGCUGGCAUUCGGCGCAGUGGAUAUUGGGGAUAGUUUGGCAUUGGAAAUCGAAGUUGAGAAUAUUACGAAUCGAACUCAUCAAGUGCGUUGUUCCCUUGAUAGUACGACGAAAUCAUUCAAGAUUCUUGAUAAUCGACUCAUGCGGCUGGAAUCUGGUCAAAAAUCGCGAGUUCGAGUCGAAUUCAGCCCGGAAUGCAUUGGACGAUAUCAAGUUUUGAUAAGAUUUGAGAUUGUCGGUGUGAACGCUUUGCAAUCGAUUCCGAUUUGGGGAUUUGGCGGAAUCUGUCAAAUCGCUCCGAUUGUCCAAGGCGAUCUCUCGUUGUCGAAUUCCAAUGAUUUCGUCCUUCAAGCGAACACAUUCACCAAUCUCUCAUUUGUUUUGAGAAACAAUGGACGACGUGAUGGAUUCGCGAGAAUCGAUGUAUUUGACUCGAUGAUGAAGCCGAUCUCGUGUACAAUUUCGCCGGCGCGCGGAGUCAUCCUCAAACAUCACGGCGAAAGAAAAGUGAGGAUUCGAUUAACUGAGAAUCUGCCGAUGCUCAAUUCCGAUCAUCGAUCGGCGUCGUCAAUGUCGUCGUAUUCGAAUCGCCGAUCGCUUUCUGGAGCCGAUUUGUUGAUUAUGAUUCGUUGGGGAGAAGAAGUAUUGAGGCAUAGGCUGAAAUUGCUUGAAAAGAAGACUGGCCAACAUAUUAAAGUGGACGAGUGCGAUUUUACGCGGACUCCUUUCGACGGCGAACAGGAAUUCAAUGUUCCUGGAGGAUAUCCUAGUGUUCAUAUUGAUGACAAAAGCCUAUUUGAGGCUGGAUGCAGGACAACUAACAUUUUGGUAUACUCGACAAGGAAUGCUCGAAAAUUCGAGCAGGCGUAUCAUCGAAGCGCGUCGAGCUCGCUAGAUCCGAAUGAGGCAACGGUUCUCGAAACAACCGCAUUCCGACAUCAGACGCUGAUUCGAGACCAGGAUGUCACCCUAAUGCCUAGAAAAUGA